UCUCCCUCCAUUUUCCAGCAUUUAAUCCUCGAUUUCCAUAAUCCAAACAACUUGGAGCCCUUCCGAUUUCGUUUUCACCUCGCCUUCUUCCUUGCUUCACGUAGAUUUCCGAUCAAAAACACCGCUAAUUUUCCCGCCGGCGGGAGUUCUAGGGAUGGAGGGAUUGCCGUUGCAAAAGGCGGGAAGCGAGAGCGAGGUGUCGGGGCAUAGUUUUAGCGGCGGCGGAGGAGGAGGAGGACCGGAGGAGAGGGGUUCGUCUGAGUAUUUCGGUUGGGUGUAUCAUAUUGGAUUUAAUUCUAUAGGGCAUGAGUAUUGCCAUCUUCGAUUUCUCUUUAUUCGUCGUAAAUACGUUGAGUUGUAUAAGCGCGAUCCUCAUGAGAAUCCCGGCAUUAAACCUAUUAGGAGGGGUGUUGUCGGGCCAUCGCUUAUGGUCGAAGAGCUGGGACGUCGAAAAGUUAACCAUGGGGAUGUUUAUGUAUUACGAAUUUAUAAUCGACUGGAUGAUUCUAAGAAAGGAGAAAUUGCUUGUGCUACGGCUGGAGAGGUCAGAAAAUGGAUGGAGGCAUUUGAUCAUGCCAAGCAACAGGCUGAGUAUGAGCUUUCCAGAGGAGGUAAUCCCCGAGAGAAACUGAACAUGGAGGAAGAGAUAAAUCUGGACGGACACAGACAUCGAGUUAGACGUUAUGCACAUGGAUUAAGAAAGCUAAUAAAAAUUGGUCAAGGUCCAGAGACACUUUUGCAUCAUUCUACAAACUUGAAUACUCAUGUCGGUUCUGAUGGCUUCUUUGAAAAGGAUUUCGGUGAUGCACUUGAAAGACAUCGGUGGAAAUGUGUUCGCACAUUUAACGGUGUUAGAAUUUUUGAAGAUGUUGCUGACAAUAAGAGUGGUAAAGGGGUUCUCGUGAAGUCUGUUGGUGUCGUUGAUGCUCAUGCGGAUACUGUUUUCGAUAUAAUCCUGAACUCGGACUGGAGGCAGAGAUAUGAGUGGGAUACACUGAUAAGUGACAUGGAACUGGUUGAAGCUUACCAUGGGCAUUAUGAUAUUCUUUAUGGGACGAAUUAUCCCACGCAUCUUAGCCAAUCGCAAGGCAAAAGAGAUUUUGUCUUCUCUCGACAAUGGUUUCGAGGACAAGAUGGAACUUAUACAAUAUUGCAAAUUCCUUGCGUUCAUAAAAAGAAACCACAUAGAUCAGGAUAUCGACGUACACGGAUUAACCCUUCAACUUGGGAGAUAAGGUGCUUAAACACAUCCAUGGGUUCAAAAGUUCCAAAAUGUCUUGUUACUCAAAUACUAGAGAUACAACCGGCAGGUUGGUCUAAAUGGCAGAAACACCACCCUUCAAAGUUUGAAAAGAGUGUUCCUUAUGCUUUGCUGUGCCAAGUUGCAGGUCUAAAGGAAUAUGCAUUAGCAAAUCCCUCUCUAAAUUAUGAACCCUGGCCCACUGUUGUCCAUUCAAAAACCUCAGAUGUCUCUGGUACGAAUGGCAACUAUGAUGAUAGAGGAACACAGGAUGAAUUUUAUGAUGCUAUGGCUGCUGCUUCAUCAUCAUCUUCGGAAGAUGAUAGUGACAAUGAUAAAGAAGUUGGCAACAAGGACUUAAAGGUGAGGCUGAAAAAUGUUUCAUGGGCUAUGGCAGGCUUUUCUACGAAGCAGUCAUCAGCUGUCGAUGCAAAUAAGGAGCUAGAUCAUAGCAUUGCUCCUAUCGUCUUGGACACAUGCCAGAUUAAAGGUUCUUUGCAGAAAGGUGGGGUGGACACUGAUACAAACUGUUGGACUUCUCCAGGUGGAGCAGGGUUCAUGAUAAGAGGCAAAAAUUACCUCAAAGAUAACUCUAAGGUAACGGGAGGCGAUCCCCUUCUCAAUCUCAUAGCAGUAGAUUGGUUCAAAGUUGAUAAAAGCUAUGAUGGCAUUGCAUUGCAUCCCCAGAAUAUAGUUCAGUCAGAAGCUGGAAAGAAGCUCCCAUUCGUGCUGAUUAUUAACCUCCAGGUUCCAGCCAAGCCAAACUAUAGUAUGGUUAUGUAUUAUGCUGCAGACAGGCCUGUAAACAAAAGUUCUUUGCUGGGUAAAUUUGUGGAUGGAAAUGACAUGUAUCGGGAUUCGAGAUUUAAAUUAAUCCCCAGCAUUGUGGAGGGAUAUUGGAUGGUUAAGCGUGCAGUUGGAACAAAAGCUUGCCUUUUGGGCAAAGCAGUUAAAUGCAAGUACCUUAGACGGGAUAAUUUUCUGGAAAUUGAUGUGGAUAUUGGAUCUUCAACAGUAGCCAGGAGUGUUAUUGGCCUCGUCCUCGGAUACGUCACAAGCUUAGUCGUUGACCUUGCGAUUCUCAUAGAGGCAAAGGAAGAGGAAGAGUUGCCCGAGUAUAUUCUUGGAACGGUUCGGCUAAACCGUGUCAGGCUCGAUUCAGCAGUAACUUUGGAAAAAUGAGGUCUCUAUAUGUUACAUUUACCAAACUUUCUCACAUUCAUUCAUUCAUUCUUUGUAACAUGGUCACUUUAGCGAGGCUUUACAUCUGGUAGUCUGUUCAUCCGAGUAUAGUCAAGACAAGUGAUCAGUACACCUAUUAUAAAUUAAUAACGAAAUCAGCAAUAAAAUCUUUACUUCUCCUCUAGCUCAUUCAGAGGGAUCAA